AUGGGCAGCUCGACUCUGCCGCGACAACUUGCAGAGCGGCGGAAGAUGCACAGAAGACAAGAGACAAAAAAGGCCGCAUCGGAACGUGCACAAGAACUGGACACUGCUCUUGCCUCCGGGAAGGAGGAGGAAUCCCGAGCUCUUGAUCGGCUGCGAGAGGAGGCGGCGGCAGCGAACCGAAACAUCCAAGCCGUCGAGGCUCGCUUGCACGACUUGCGAACUGGAACGGUGAAGGGCCCCAGUGGGAGAUCUGCAUCACUGCACUUGCGCACGAUUCUGCUUCGCUCAGGCUCCGAGCAGCGACUCCAGGACCUCUUCAGAGAAGCGCCGGCUACAUGCCGCUACCGACAAGGCUUUUGCGCAGACGUCGAGCAGCUUGACCGUCUCCGCUUGCAGGACCAGGUGGCGGGAGCAUUCGUGGUCUGCAUGAUCGUGUUGGCCGAGGCCAAUUCCACUUUCGCAGCUCUCGAGAGGCUCCGCGCGGUGGAGCAAGAGUUCUCGACCCUGGCAGAUAAGCUCGAGAGGGUCAAGGGUCAGGGCAUCUCGCAUCAGUGGAAGAUCCCUCACUGUCUCCGAAGGCUUCGGUACCUGUCCUUGCUGGCAGAACCUGGCCUGUGGCUGGACUCGGACCGCUUCUAUUUGGGUGGACUGGGGCCGUUGGAGAUGCGGCUUUACGCCAAAGGGCUCCGAGGUGGCGACGGGCAAUGUUCGCUUGCCUUGCGCCUGCCUUCAGAGGCCGCCGCAAAGUUUGCUCUCCCCAUGAUGGUAGACCUCACUGUUGCAGGACAUACCCUUCGAGCCGGCCAAACCACAGACCCGGAAGGCAGUGACUGCAUCAUCUGGCUCGCCGAGUCUCUGGGCAUACUCGAAGAUGUCUUGGCUGAUGAGCUCGCUGACUUGUCACUGGCGGCUGAGCUGCCGCUGCUGCCGGCACCAGCUUUGCUGGCCGGCUGCACGAGCUGCCCGACUUUGUCGCCUCCAGGGACCCGAGAUGACCUCUGCACUCUUGACGGCACCGAGGAGGCUGCAGGGACUGACCCGCUGGCGGCAUUGUCGUCAACGUUUCGGGCGAGAGAUCUGCGUGGGGUGGCGCAGGUUCCGAUGCGAGCGAACGAAGCUGCGUCGGCUGCGGGGGCGGGGGCACCACUCCCUACCCUGCUGGGGACGACGGAGUCCCAGCCCAGUGGAGUGUUUGCGCUUCGCAGCUCAUGGGGGGCUUCCUGCACUCUGCCGGUGAGCAAGGCCUCCGGUCCCUUCGAUGAGCAAAUCUCACCUUUGGGGUCUCUCUUGGGCCAUGGACAAAGGAAUCCAGUGGCCAUUCCUGCAGACGAUGCAGCCAGAUAG